UUUUACCAGAAACCUCAUCAGAGAAGGUCCGCGCUCCUGUGUCUGUGUCGUGCCGUCUUGUCCACGUCCUUUGUGUUGUGUUGUCCUCGUGCAUGUGUGUGUUGUCCUUUCCGUCCGACCCACGUUUCGACCUCCACGUGAAACUCACCGCGUACUAAAAGACCUUCAAUUUUGAACUGAGUGCAUUCUUUAGUUGUUGUGACGUCACCAACGACUUCCAUAGGCCGAUUUAUAGUAGGCCCUAGCGUAGUAUUUCCGUGUGUGCCGUCCACCUUCCGCCUGGCUGUGUGUUGUGUUGUUGUUGUCGCCCCCGUGCACCAUGCCGCGGUGCUCCGACCCGGCGUGACCCAGGUGGAGCAGCGACGCGCCUCGGAUCCGACGCCACCGCGGACCAUAGAUAACAGGUGCGUUAUCUUAUCUCUCGGCGCGUACAGGUGAGAUUGGCCAGUCCCGUGGCUGAGUCUCACCGACUAUGUUGCACUCGCUGGACGCGCUGGCAGGCAAGUUGUCCCCGGGCGCGCCGACCCAGAACGGCCCUCAGACGUCCGUCCUGGACACGAACGCCAACAGGGUCCAUCCCUACCUGAAGCAGGGUGCGAACACCGCCGCCACCUCACUGGCGAUGAACAACAAUAACAACAGUAGCACGAACAACAACAACAACAGUAAUAGUAACAACAAUAACUUGUUGAGUUCGACGCAACAGAACAAUGCUAAGCUCGACCAACAAGAGCAACCGGAUAGUGAUACUAUUAAAAUGUUCGUGGGGCAGGUGCCCAGGUCUAUGGACGAGAACGAUCUCAGAAGGAUGUUCGAGGAAUACGGGCGCGUGCAUUCGAUAAACGUGCUUAGAGACAAAACCACAGGAGCCAGUAAAGGUUGUUGCUUCGUGACGUUCUUUACAAGGAAGGCAGCUCUUCAGGCGCAGGACGCUUUACACAAUGUGAAAACCUUAAACGGGAUGCAUCAUCCCAUCCAGAUGAAGCCCGCCGACAGCGAGAACAGGAACGAGCGCAAGCUGUUCGUGGGAAUGCUGAGCAAGAAACUGUGCGAGAACGACGUCCGCACCCUCUUCAGCGGCUACGGCACGAUCGAGGAGUGCACGGUUCUGCGCGACACCGCCGGCAACUCCAAGGGCUGCGCGUUCGUGACCUUCGCCAGCAAGCAGUCCGCCCUUAGUGCCAUAAAGGCCCUCCAUCAGUCGCAGACGAUGGAGGGGUGCUCGGCGCCGCUGGUCGUCAAGUUCGCCGACACGCAGAAGGAGAAGGAGCUGAAGCGGCAGCAGCAGAUGCAGGCCAACGUGUGGAACGCGCUCGCCGCCCCCCAGCUGCAGACGCCGCCGCAGCAGUACAGCCCCGUGUUGUCCAACGACGCGACGUCGCUGCAGCUGCUGCAGGCGAUGAGCGGCGGGUCGGCGCUGCUGCCGCAGCAGCUGCUCACCGAGAACCUGCUGGCGCCCCUCGGCGUCCAGAACUUGGUCACGCUGGCGGCGAUGUCGCAGCCGGCGGCGGCGGCGCCGCUGUGCGUGGCCAACCUGUUGGGGAAGGGCGCGGGUGUUGACAGAACUUUGACCACGGGCCUGCAGACGGGCAUGUCCGCGUCGGAUCUCUCCACGUACGGCUCGCUCAUCACCAACGCGACGCUGAACGCCGCCGCCAUCGCGGCCGCUGGGAAGCAGAUCGAAGGUCCGGACGGCUGCAAUUUGUUCAUCUAUCACCUGCCGCAAGAGUUUACUGAUACGGACUUGGCAUCGACGUUCCUGCCGUUCGGUCCUGUGAUCUCUGCCAAGGUGUUCAUAGACAAACAAACGAAUCUGUCGAAGUGUUUCGGUUUCGUGUCGUUCGACAACGCGUCGUCCGCGCAGCAGGCCAUCGCCGCGAUGAACGGGUUCCAGAUCGGCACCAAGCGGCUCAAGGUGCAGCUGAAGAGGGCCAAAGACGCAUCCAAGCCCUACUAGCCAAAGAGACAGCCAGUCGAUUCGUACUCGUACAUGUACCAGUACACCACAGCACAGUGCCAGUGUCUUGUGCCCAUCUCAGGAUAUCAUCUAGCUGCUAUUUAUACGAACUGUGAGAUAUUUUUACUAGUUAACCGCGGCCCCGCCGCUUGUAAAUUGAUAAAUGAUUAUGUAUAUGACGAAUGACGAGGAUGUUCGGCAACAAUAAGUGUUACGUUUUUCUUCUUUUGUCAUGUUUUUGGUUCGAUAGGUUUUGUAAGUUGUGUUUCGUGGCGUACGCGCGUAGACAUCCUCUGUUGUUUAGUUCUAUCGUCUAGGCCAUAAAUGUAAAUGUUGAGUGAUUAUUUCGUUUAGUUCUGAGUCUACUUUAUAUUAUCAUUUAUUUAUAUGAGCAUGUAUUGAUGAAUUGUACCUUUAUUUUCUAUUGUUGAUUAAACCAAAGUUAGACCAAA